AUGGAAAGGACAGUGAAUGGGAAAACAAUUGUGGUAUCAGGAGCAGCGGAUGGAAUAGGUUAUGAAAUUGUAGCAAAUUUUCUUUUAAAAGGAGCAAAGCUCGUUAUUAUUCUCGACAUUAACCAAGAAAGGGGCUUUAAGACAGAGAAAAUUUUGAACGAGAAAUAUGGAGAUGGUAAAGCAGUUUUUAUCAAAUGUGAUGUUAUUUCUGAUCUAGAAUCAGUUACAAAAAGAAUUUUCAACGAAUUCAACCAGGUUGACGUCUUAGUCAAUAACGCUGGAAUAGCAGACGAAACAUCUUAUCUCAAAACAAUUGAAAUCAAUCUAAUAGCUGUGAUUGCUUGGACAGAAAAGUUUUACGAAUACAUGAGGAAAGAUAAAGGAGGCAAUGGUGGCACUAUUAUGAAUAUUUCAUCUAUAUAUGGAUAUAGAAUUAUACCUUAUGCACCAUUUUAUAAUGCAACUAAAUUUGGUGUUAUGGGUUAUUCAAAAUCAUUAGGGCAUUCUCAUAACUUUGAAAAAACCAGCGUCAGAGUGUUAACUAUCUGUCCGGGAGUAACUAAAACAAAUUUAGUAUCUUCCUGUAAACUAAGAGAUAUUGAUGUACUUACUCUUUUUGCGGAUGACUCGUAUCAAAAAGAUUGGCAGAACUCAGACGUAGUUGGUCGGGAAAUAGUUGAAGUAUUUCAAAAAGCUGAUAGUGGCAGUUCGUGGGUUAUUGAACGUUCAUUGCCAGCUGAAGAAAUUUAA